UGGGGAGCCCCUAACACAACAUCAAUAUCCUGUUCCCUUGCUGAUGUAAUGAGUGAACAGCUGGCGAAAGAGCUGCAGCUGGAAGAAGAAAAUGCUGCUUUUCCUGAAGUGGUUGCUGUUGCUGAAGGACCAUUUAUUACAGGAGAAGAUAUUGACACUUCUAGUGACCUAAUGCUAGCUCAGAUGCUGCAGAUGGAAUUUGACAGGGAAUAUGAUGCACAGCUGCGUCGUGAAGAGAGGAAGAUAAAUGGAGAUAGCAAAGUUUCCAUAUCUUUUGAAAAUUUUCGGAAGGUACAUCCCUAUGACAGUGACAGCUCAGAGGAUGAGGUUGAUUGGCAGGAUACCCGUCAUGAUCCAUACAGAGCAGAUAAACCUACUACUACACCGAGAAAGGGCUUCAUAGGAAAAGGAAAAGACAUUACUACUAAACACGAUGAAGUGGUAUGUGGCAGAAAGAACACUGCUCGCAUGGAAAAUUUUGCACCUGAAUUCCAAGUUGGGGAUGGAAUUGGAAUGGACUUAAAGCUGUCAAAUCAGGUCUUCAAUGCCUUAAAGCAGCAUGCAUACUCUGAGGAACGUCGAAGUGCAAGGCUCCAUGAAAAGAAGGAGCACUCCACUGCUGAGAAAGCAGUGGAUCCUAAAACACGUUUACUUCUGUACAAGAUGGUCAACGGUGGGAUGCUGGAGACCAUCACAGGCUGCAUCAGCACAGGAAAAGAAUCUGUUGUUUUUCAUGCAUAUGGAGGACAUGCAACUGAAGAUAAAGUUAUACCUCCAGAAUGUGCCAUCAAAGUAUUUAAAACAACUCUUAAUGAAUUCAAGAACCGUGACAAAUAUAUUAAGGAUGACUACAGAUUUAAAGACCGCUUCAGUAAAUUGAAUCCACGAAAGAUUAUUCGUAUGUGGGCCGAGAAAGAAAUGCAUAACUUAACAAGAAUGCAAGAUGCAGGAAUUCCUUGUCCUCAAGUGGUUAUCCUUAAGAAACACGUCUUGGUUAUGUCUUUCAUUGGCCAGGAUCAAGUCCCAGCUCCUAAACUAAAGGAUGUAACACUUAGUAGUGAAGAUAUGAAAAAGGCCUACUAUCAGAUUCUUAAUAUGAUGCAGCAGUUGUAUAAGGAGUGCAACCUGGUCCAUGCAGAUCUGAGUGAAUACAACAUGCUUUGGCAUGAUGGGAAGGUCUGGCUUAUUGAUGUCAGUCAGUCUGUGGAGCCAACCCAUCCUCAUGGACUUGAGUUUUUGUUCAGAGACUGUAGGAAUGUUUCACAGUUCUUCCAGAAAGGAGGUGUGGCAGAAGCACUUAAUGAGCGUGAACUCUUCAAUGCUGUCUCAGGUUUAAAUAUUACAGCUGACAAUGAAGUAGACUUCCAAGCAGAGAUUGAAGCUUUAGAGAAGAUGAAUGAAGAUCAUGUGCAGAAUCAUGGAAAGAAACUGUCAAUGUUUUCAAGCGAUGGAGACCCACCUAUAUAUGAUGAAUAGCACUAAUGAGCUGCUAAUGAAACAAAACACAAAUUUACUGCUUCUAACUAUGUUGGUGCAGUGGUAGAUGUCAACUACCAAUGUCAAGAGGGAGUGGUUGACGGGAAAUACCAAAAUGGAAAACGCAGCGAGCAUACGGUGAUGCCUCAGUGUUUUGUUUUUUGUUUUGAUUUGUUUUUUUAACUUAGCCCACACAUCAGACUGGCACUGUAAGAAUGGACUGUCGCUAUGUCUU